CAAGAAUGUGAAAAUGACGAUACCUUGUUCGGCAUGUGGAAAGAUGGCAUGAAUGGGAAGUAUGAAGGCUGGAAGGAAGGUCUGAGAUGCCGAAACCGAACAAUGCGACAAGUGGUCGAGGAAGUACGAGAGAUGAUAGCGGUCGAAGGAUUGACUUCGAAAUUGCUCUUGAAUGAGGCAAAGCCUUUGGAAACAGGGAUGAUGGACCUUUGUGAUUCGGAUAAACUUAGAAAGUUACUAUUUAUGCUUCAGUCAUUAUGGCAAGACCGAUUAGACGGCUGUCCGAACGCACCACUCUUGCGGUAUGUGGGCGCCGAAAAACAUGGCGAGGAAUGGUUCAAUAUCUUUGAAGUCAUCUCCGGAACAAUAGAUGCACCAGUCCAAGAACGAAAGUACUACGAUUGGCUGCUUGUGGCUGAACCAGACCCAGACGAAGAUAUC